UAAGCGCCUGGAAACCACAAUGCAUUCGCGGAGACGUCGCGUGUGGGCAGAACCGUGCUACGGUACGAGCCUCUCGACCUCAAAAUCAAUGUGAAACAAUUUGACUGACGACCUCUCCUGUGACACGUCGUAAAUCAUACCUGCAUCGAAGGAGACGAUGCUCUUCCCGUAUUAUUCCCCGUGGCCCGUGUCGUACUAGAAAGUAGAGAAUAGCACGAGCGCCCAGAGGGAAGGAGAGAGAGCCUUUUGUUCUUUUUAUAAGUAUGUCGACACGUUCGACAUUCGUCGAUGACACGACGUAGGAAAAUAUGCGAAUUUUUGUGGGAGGUCCAGGAAGGGAAUCGAGCCCUUGGAAUCUUAAGGGGACCAUUUUGUCUUUGAAAGUACCACGAUUCGCCACAUUGCUCGCAACGUCCUCGAAAAUGUGGAUACGCGAUCCGAACAAGGCUAUAAAGAAACGAGGGGCAUUUUCUCGUCGCUUUAUCGGUGGAAGAAGAAUGUCCCAUUCAUACUUUUACACGCCAUUUAUGGACGCCUCAUGCGCGGUAUCAGUCUUAUCAGCACUUCUGUGCCGCCUACAAUUUAAUGCGUCUGUAUGCGCAUGUAGAGCUAUCGGGAAAGAUCGACAUUUCCUCAUAUUUGAACACAAGAUGAUUUCGUCUUUUUGACGUCGAUUGCAUACUUUUGAUUAACGUUUUGCUUAAAUUUUAUACGAUGUGAAAUCAAGGAAAGAAUUAGUGCAUUGUUUCGAUAGUAAUCGUUUGAAUAUUUAUUUUCUAUUGGAAAAC